GUCUUCCCUACGGUCCUCGAAACGCUGGAGAAGACGAAGGUCCAGCUCGGCAUCCGAAGCUUCGGCAUCUCCGCCACCACCCUCGAAGAAGUCUUCCUCAGGUUCCCCAUUCGGGUCGGAGAGGGUGCAGACACGAAAGGAGACAUCGGGCAGACUCGAGCCAGUCCGAACGACAUCCAUCGUGCCAGCACCUCCAGGAUGAUCGAGAUACUUGUAGCAGGGAAGAAGAGUAGCAUUUCCCUUUUUGUCCUGCAAUUGAGGGCCCUUCUCACAAAAAAGUUCAUUUACAUCUCACGGAAAUGGAAACUAAUGAUCGCCCAGGUGACGAAACCGUCUCCAUUUUCAUUCGCCUCUUCUCGUCAUUCCAUCCACACGAAGCAUUUUCCAUUUCACUCCCAGGCCAUCAUACCACUGGGCCUGGUCCUUGGCGCUCUGUUCAUCGACAAAGCCUUGACGGCCCCAGAUCCAGAGCCU